CAUUGUCAAAUAGCAAUCUCCAUAGAUAUUCAUACAAUUUGGCAUAAAUUUCCACAUCAUAUAACUGAAGUGAGUAAGAAGAAGAGGCGAAAACAAAGAUGUCAUCGAACGAAGUUCAGGACGAUGAGGAUAAGCCGGCAUAUGCGUUCUUUUUUGGUGGAAUGGGCGCUGCCUCGGCCAUUAUAUUCUCGGCAUUGGGUGCUGCAUAUGGUACUGCAAAAUCUGGCACUGGCAUUGCCUCAAUGGCUGUGAUGCGUCCCGAAUUGAUUAUGAAAUCGAUAAUACCUGUCGUUAUGGCCGGCAUUAUAGCGAUCUAUGGCUUGGUUGUCUCUGUACUAAUUGCUGGCUCCUUGUCGCCGAGCUACACCAUACGCAAGGGCUAUAUACACUUGGCAGCUGGUCUCUCUGUGGGUUUUGCCGGUCUCGCAGCGGGCUUUGCCAUUGGAAUUGUCGGCGAUGCCGGAGUACGUGGCACUGCUCAACAGCCACGUCUAUUCGUUGGCAUGAUUUUGAUACUGAUCUUUGCUGAAGUCUUGGGUCUAUAUGGUCUCAUUGUGGCCAUCUAUUUAUACACUAAAUAAGCGGGGGACAAUUUGUUGGUGUUUGUUUUCCUUUGUUGCUUUCAAUUGUUGUUGUUGCUAAUUACCAAGACCAAAAACCAAAAAAAAAAAAACAUCACAGAAUACCUAAAAUAUUAAAAGGGUUAAAACAUCAAUUAAACUCAUCAAA